CUCCUACUACUACUAAUACUACUACUACUACUGCCUCUUAUACUUAUGCUAGUUUAACUACUUUUACCGCGUCUGUUUGUAUUGCUGUGGUCAAAACUUUUCCAAUCGGUAACUAUAUCAUUAUUAUUUUGACAUAUUUUUUUGCACAUCGAUUUAAACAAACUUUGGAUUUAUUUUUUGCUGUUUAACGUAGAAUGCUUACAUUGAACUUAUUUAAUGUGUAAUUGAAUGUAUUUGUUUCUUUUAAACUAUAGCUGUUAUGUACAUUUUGAAGAUUAACUCUGUGGCAAAUCCCGUAUUCAAACAUGCCUACAAGUCGUCAGCUACUAUGAACAACUUCAAAAUAACAGAAAUACGACGAUUUUCACCCAUAGUGUAUACUGACCCGUGCAACGGAACAAUCCACGAUUCCCGUCGGACCACAUUGUUCAAGGCGUUUGACAACGUUUCGCAAUACAUGCAAGGUUUGUGGGACGAUAAAUCCGACGUUUACAGACUUGCAAAUGAUGCAGAACCAGUUAUCGUAACCGCUGCAUCGAAUAACCAUUUUCCUGAGACAAUCGGGUUGUUUGCAAAUUUGAACCUUGUUUUGAGGAAAAUGAAAUCAAAUGUGAAAGUGAUCUUUUAUGACUUGGGUCUUGAGAGUAAAAACCGAAAAUGGAUGAAGGCCUUUUGUAACUGCGAAUAUCGACAAUUUCCAUUCAACAAGUUUCCAGAGCACGUGAAAAUAUUGAAUGGCUAUGCCUUCAAGCCGUUAGCAAUUAUGAUGGUGUUAAACGAGUACCCAUUUGCUAUUUGGAUGGACACGUCCAUACGAUUCAAACAAGUUAACAUAUCGCAACUUUUUGAAGAUGCUCGACAAAUGAAUAUCAUCGGCGUGGAAGGAGAAAUCGCCAUCGCUCGAAUAACUCUGCCGGGAACAUUUUCCCACUUUGAUAAACAGCCGUGUAAAUUUAUAAACUUAACCGACAUUCAGUCUGGCUUUUUAAUAGCUCGGGCAACACCGUUUGUGGUAAAAAAUAUACUAAAGCCAUGGGUCGCGUGCGCUCUUCUGCUAGACUGUAUGGUUCCGAGGGAUGGGUAUCUCCCCUAUUUGUUCUGUAAAAAAACAGCGCGAUGUGUAUGGCGAAUGUCAUAGAUUCGAUCAGUCCGUUUUGGGGAUUGUUUUGCACCGCGCGUAUGGCGACGAUAUAUCGGAACGCACGAUAACGUAUGGGGGCCGAUACAUCUAUCUUACUGGAUCAGAAGAACCGGAGAAUUAUUCUUACUAGUAUAAUGGUUUAAGAAUAGUUAAGAAUAAGGAUGUUUACACAAUAUUUUAUAAAUGAAACAUAAUUAACAAGGAUAAAUGCAGCUUUCUCCGCCAUCUUGUGUUGUGAAACAUGAGGAUGUUAUUGCCUUGUGUAAUCUUGCGCCUUAACUCUAACUGCUUAGGCUGUAUUUGAAAGUGGAUCUGGAUUAUAAACCUCCGAGGAAUUAAAAAAGUUAGCAAUAAAAAUUAAACACUUAAAUGUGUAAUUAACCCAUUUAUGCCUAGCGCCUAGAAAAAAAGGCCUUGGUAAAUAGCGUAGACCCAGAUGAGACUCCGCAUGUUGCGGCGUCUAAUCAGGGUCUGCGCUGUUUGCUUAAAGGAAUUACUGUAAGAAUUAUUCUAAAUAUAGAAAUAAAUAUACUACACAUCCCUAAUUUUGGAAAUAAAUUGAUCCAAUUUAGAAGGAUGGGAGAGUCCUCUAUGCGUAAAUGGGUUAAGCGCUAUAAUAUAUAGUGUAAUUGAC